CAACAUAUCCACUACACACACUUUAGCCUUUGCUAGUGUUCGUCAUAUGAUAGGUUUUUUUCCGAAAAGAACGCCAGAGCCGGCAGCCUUUGGAAUACUUAUACUGAAGCAUGAGGCAGUUGAGUAGACGUUCCCGUAUUUGCUCAAUUUGGCGUUAGAGACACCGUUAUCGGCUCUAAGUAACCGUCACCCGCCUCCUAACUAAGCUGUCAAAGGAGUAAACACAAACCAGGCUACUUCAACGCUCACCAGUCUCAGCCCAGUAGCCCUCAAAACCAGUUAAUGCAUUCAUAUCUUACGAGGAUGUACACCACCAGCGAUUCUACUCAAGCGAGCGACGGCAAGCCUCUCUCAUCUUAUACCCUCAGACGGUAUCCCUGGCGACCUUAUGUUGUACCCUUUGACGAUAUCGUCGGGAAAAAGUACCCUGGUUCCGGCACAAACGAAGAUCCAUAUAUCGUAGACUGGCUGCCCAAUGACAAGGAAGAUCCUCAACAGUGGCCUGGCACUUAUAAAUGGUUUACCAUCUUCAUUGCCAGUAUGAUGACUCUCGCGGUGGCCUUGAGCUCUUCUGCAUACUCUGGAGGUGUGAUUAGUAUAAUGGAGGAUUUCGGUUCUAGCAGAGAGCUUCUCAUUGCUGGUAUUUCCCUCUUCGUCCUUGGGUUUGCCUUUGGUCCGCUAUUAUGGGCCCCAUUGUCAGAGUUAUAUGGCCGACGUUGGAUCUACAUCAUCUCCUAUGCUCUCCUCACCUUAUGGUCCGGCGCCGCUGCAGGCGCUCCGAACGUCGGCGCCCUCCUCGUCUUUCGUUUCUUUGCCGGCUUCUUUGGCUCAUCACCUCUUGCCAACGCAGGUGGUACUAUCAGCGACGUCCUUGAUGCCAACCAACGAGGUCUCGGCAUGGCUCUAUUCGCUGCCGCCCCUUUUCUUGGUCCUGCAUUGGGUCCUAUCACGGGUGGUUUCCUUGGUCUGACUUCCGGAUGGCGAUGGAUCGAGGGAUUCUUGACCAUUCUUAGUGGUGUCCUGUUUCUCGUGGGCAUUGGAUUCGCCAGCGAGACAUAUGCUCCCACUAUUUUGAGGCGGAGAGCUAAGCGACUAAGCAGAGUCACUGGCGAUGUCUACAGAUUUAGGGCCGAUGCCAAGAAACCUCUCGAUGCAAUGGCCUUGUUCAAAGCGAGCUUGAUUCGUCCUUGGAAGUUUCUCUUCCUCGAGCCUAUUGUUACUAUCCUUAGUAUCUACGUUGCGCUGCUUUAUGGUAUUCUCUAUCUGUUUUUCGCAGCCUACCCUAUCAUCUUCCAAGAAGGUCGUGGCUGGAACACUGGCGUUGGAGGCCUCGCAUUCCUUGGUGUACUUGUAGGCACCAUCAUUUCGGUCGCCGUCUCUAUUCUAGUGGUCAAUCCGCAAUACGUCAAGGUCGCUAAUAAGAAAGGUGGCCGAGCAGCUCCCGAAGAUCGUCUACCUCCUGCCCUGUGGGGUGGAAUCCUCAUCGUCAUCGGUCUUGCCGGUACGGCAGCCACUGAUGGUCCCAAUGUCCACUGGAUUGCCCCUAUCAUCUUCGGUGCCCCUUUCGGUUGCGGUAUCAUCAUCGUCUUCUUAUCGAUCAUGGGUUACCUCGUCGACAGUUACACUAUCUACGCUGCAUCUGUUCUUGCCGCCAACUCUGUGCUUCGAUCCCUCUUUGGCGCUGCGUUCCCACUAUUUACAACCCAAAUGUUCGAUAAGCUCGGCCUGCAUUGGGGUGUUGCCUUGCCCGGUUUCCUGUCCUUGGCUUGCGUCCCUUUCACUUGGAUAUUCUACAAGUAUGGCGCUGCUAUUCGAGCCAAGUGCAAGUACUCUGCCGAUGCUGAGCGACAGAUGGAGAUGAUCAUGGCUGCUCGGAUGGCUCAGUCCAAGCAGGAAGACGAGGAGGCUAGGGCUGAGGGUAAGGAGGUUAUUUAUCGCGCAGCUAGCCGACCCGAAGGAGAUGAAUCGCAGGACGUCCAACCUUCUGAACAAACAGGCGGUUUAGGAAGGAGUCAAAGCAAAAGAAGCCAACAUUCCGCCAGUGCUGGCCAGUCUGGUAAUGGUGCACCGUUAGACAGGGUCUCCACACACCUUCAUCACGAAUGGACUGUAUAUGAGGCUCUUGCCAACAGAGAUGAGAAUGAUUUGGAUGAUGAUGAACGGAUCAGACUUGAAGGUCUUCGUCGGACGUUUGGGGAUCGAUCAGAAAAGUAGACAAAUAGGAAGGUGAUUAGUCAAUAUUUCAUAAGGAUUGUUCGGUUUUUGUGGAUAGAUUUUCAGGUAGAUUCAUAAUGGUGAUUUUCACGACAUGCCAGUGUUGACGGAGGGGUGGGUAAAAGAUGAUGUUGAAAGCCUUAAAGCUUAAGAGGUCAGGUUACAGGGAGGAGGGAGGUGAAUCCCGCCCAUCACACGGAAUGCACUAGGUCGAUACAUGGUGUACUGUUUGAUGUAACGAGGAAAUAGUAG